AUGCGCAGCUUUAUUGUGCUACUGCUCUCUGCAGUGGCAUCCACCACAGCUGAGCGAAACACCCUCGCACCGUUGUUCAAACCACAGAACAUUAUUCCAGAUAGCUACAUCGUCAAGUUUAAAGACUCCGUCUCAGCAAACAGCUUCGACAACACGGUCGCUUCCUUUCUUGACAAAAGUCAACAUGUUUACGGCGCCGGUGCGUUUAAAGGAUUCGCAGCAACGCUGAACUCAGGUGCGGUUCGGGAGCUAAGGCGUCAUCCUGAUGUGGAAUUUAUUGAACACGAUGCCAUCGUCACUAUCAACGGAUUCGUAGAGCAGAAAAACGCCCCGUGGAACUUGGCGCGCAUUUCUCACCGCAAACGAGGCUCAACAUCAUACGUGUACGACGACAGCGCCGGAGAAGGAACAUGCUCAUACAUCAUCGACACCGGCAUCGACCCUACACAUCCUCAAUUCGGCGGCCGCGCGCAAAAUGUAAAAACAUUCGUCAACCAAACCACCGAUGGCAACGGCCACGGCACCCACCUCGCCGGCAUAAUAGGCAGCGUCAUCUACGGUGUAGCCAAGAAGACGAAAAUCUAUGGCGUGAAAUGUCUCGAUGACCAAGGCUCAGGGACCAUUUCCAACAUCAUCGCUGCGAUGGAUUUCGUCGCAAAGGACUCCAAAACACGGGGGUGUCCGAAGGGUGCGAUGGCGAAUAUGAGUCUCGGGGGUAGUUAUUCUGCUGCUGUCAAUAAAGCAGCCGCUUCGCUUGUGCAGUCUGGUGUGUUUGUCUCUGUUGCGGCGGGGGGUUCUAACACUGAUGCGAAUUCUACGUCGCCUGCUUCGGAGGUGACUGUUUGUACGGUGGGUGCUAGUACGGAGAGGGAUGAACGGGCGAGUUAUUCCAACUAUGGGGCCGUUGUUGAUAUAUUUGCGCCGGGGGGGAAUAUUUUGUCGACGUGGUUGAAGGGGAAGACGAAUACGCUUUCCGGAUCGUCCAUGUCUGCUGCGCAUAUUACCGGGCUGGGGGCGUAUAUUGCUGCACUGGAGGGAUUUCCUGGUGCGGAAAAGCUGUGCAAGAGGUUGCAGGAACUGGCGACGAAGGAUGUGUUGAGUAAUGUGCCCAAGGGAACGCCUAAUUUGUUGGCGUUUAAUGGGAAUCCGUCUGGAUGA